UCCGCCGCCCGCCACCGCCGCCCGGGCCACGAGUGGUUCGCCGAGCCGUGAAGUCGGGUUCCAGAAGCCGGGAAGCCGCACGUCCCAUCCAAGACGAGAUGUCCAGCAAAGGCUCCGUGGUUCUGGCCUACAGUGGCGGCCUGGACACCUCCUGCAUUCUCGUGUGGCUGAAGGAACAAGGCUAUGACGUCAUCGCCUACCUGGCCAACAUCGGCCAGAAGGAAGACUUUGAAGAAGCCAGGAAGAAGGCGCUGAAGCUCGGGGCCAAAAAGGUGUUCAUCGAGGACGUCAGCAAGGAGUUUGUGGAGGAGUUCAUCUGGCCCGCCAUCCAGUCGAGCGCGCUGUACGAGGACCGCUACCUCCUGGGCACCUCUCUCGCCAGGCCCUGCAUUGCCCGGAAACAAGUGGAGAUCGCCCAGCGGGAGGGAGCCAAGUAUGUGUCUCACGGCGCCACAGGAAAGGGAAAUGACCAGGUCCGGUUUGAGCUCACCUGCUACUCACUGGCCCCUCAGAUUAAGGUCAUCGCUCCCUGGCGGAUGCCUGAGUUCUACAACCGGUUCCGGGGCCGCAAUGACCUGAUGGAGUAUGCGAAGCAACACGGAAUCCCCAUCCCGGUCACCCCCAAGAACCCGUGGAGCAUGGACGAGAACCUUAUGCACAUCAGCUACGAGGCUGGAAUCCUGGAGAACCCCAAGAACCAAGCGCCUCCAGGCCUCUACACAAAGACCCAGGACCCCACCAAAGCCCCCAACAGCCCUGACAUCCUUGAGAUCGAGUUCAAGAAAGGGGUCCCCGUGAAGGUGACCAACGUCAAAGACGGCACCACCCACCGCACGUCCCUGGAGCUCUUCACGUACCUGAAUGAAGUCGCGGGCAAGCACGGCGUGGGCCGCAUCGACAUCGUGGAAAACCGCUUCAUCGGGAUGAAGUCCCGAGGUAUCUACGAGACCCCAGCAGGGACGGUCCUUUACCACGCUCAUUUAGACAUCGAGGCCUUCACCAUGGAUCGGGAAGUGCGCAAAAUCAAACAGGGCCUGGGCCUGAAAUUCGCCGAGCUGGUAUAUACGGGUUUCUGGCACAGCCCUGAGUGUGAAUUCGUCCGCCACUGCAUCGCCAAGUCCCAGGAGCGCGUGGAAGGGAGAGUGCAGGUGUCUGUCUUCAAGGGCCAAGUGUACAUCCUCAGCCGGGAGUCCCCACUGUCCCUCUACAACGAGGAGCUGGUGAGCAUGAACGUGCAGGGCGAUUAUGAGCCCAUCGAUGCCACCGGCUUCAUCAAUAUCAACUCCCUCAGGCUGAAGGAAUAUCAUCGCCUCCAGAGCAAGGUCACUGCCAAAUAGACCGGUUGACAAUGAGGAGCUGGGCCGCCUCCUUUGCCCAUCUCCCAAGUACAGGCGCUAAUUGUUGUGAUAAUUUGUAAUUGUGACUUGUUCUCCCGGGCUGGCAGCCUGGUGGGGGUGCCAGCCCCCAGCUUUGUUCCCUGCUCCCCUGCAGCCUGCAGAAGUGGGCACGGAAGGGAAGGGGGGGGGGUGGCUGCAGUGGGGAGAUGUAAAAUGACAAUUAAAAAGAGAUACAUUA